AAGCGCGCGCAGCCCGUGAGGAGAGUGCGAGCUGACGCGAUGUGCUUCAACUCGAUGCAAAAUGAAUGAGCCGCUGUUCUCGGGGGUAUUCGGCCCCCGUCGUGGAAGUGCAAGUACGCGGCCGCAUCAAGUGCACUUCGCAUCAUCCGAGGCAUAGCUGCAGGCUGACAGAAACGGGGACCGGGCAGAGCCUGCGGUUGGGUGUUUGCGUGUGACGCGCUUGGCAUUAAAUUCCUGUUUGCUGCAACAGAAAGAGAGAGGGACUUCGCUUACGUGGCGAGAGACAAAGACACGAGAAUUCUGAAAUGUCAUGUGUUUCGAUGUGACACGCCCGCGAAAGCCAUCGCCACAAGCUUACACGAAAUCUGCUCAAAGAUUAUGGCCGAAAGGAAGAAUGCUAAAGCUAUGGCAUGCAGCUCAUUGCAAGACAGGGCAAAUGUCACCCUCGACGUUCCUCUGCAAGUAGAUUUCCCAACACCAAAGACUGAACUGGUACAGAAGUUCCACGUCCAGUACCUGGGCAUGCUGCCUGUCGCUAGACCCGUGGGAAUGGAUACUCUGAAUAGUGCCAUCGAAAGUCUGAUGGCUUCCUCUGGCAAAGAAGACUGGAUGCCAGUUACCAUGAAUGUUGCUGAUGCUACUGUCACAGUCAUCAAUGAAAGAAAUGAAGAGGAAGUCCUGGUGGAGUGUCGCGUGCGGUUCCUGUCCUUCAUGGGAGUAGGCAAGGACAUCCACACGUUCGCCUUCAUUAUGGACACAGGAAACCAGCAUUUUGAGUGCCACGUUUUCUGGUGUGAACCAAAUGCGGGCAACGUAUCGGAAGCUGUUCAGGCUGCUUGUAUGUUACGGUAUCAGAAGUGCUUAGUAGCCAGACCUCCUUCACAGAAAGUCCGACCGCCCCCGCCUCCUGCAGACUCGGUGACUAGAAGAGUUACGACUAACGUAAAAAGAGGAGUGUUGUCCCUCAUUGACACUUUGAAACAGAAACGCCCCGUCACCGAGAUGCCGUAGCUGCGGAAGAGAGAAGAUGCUCCCGGCGUUUGACUGAAGAUCGCCGUAGCUACGCUGAGGAGAACGAACUGACGAUGUCUUGGCCUUCCAUUUCAAAUCGCUGAUGCUUUGUCUUCAGAGAAUUUACCCUUACCAAAACAAUGUUAGACAAGCAUGUUCUCUCGUUCUUGCCACCAUCGUGUGAUAUGAAAAGAAGCAUGAAUAAUUUUUUCGCUGUCAGUGAGUUACAUCAUGAGCAACGGAAGGUCUGUUUGGUUGUAAAUACAUGAACGUUACCUAAACUCACAUAGAAUCUGGCCACGUCCCUCCCAGUGAACUCAUGCUAAAGUCCUUGGAGU